CUGUCCUGAGAGGGCGGGGCCUGGGGUCUCAAGCCUUGCGGUGCCACCCGGCUAGAUACAUUGCACUCCAGCGGCCCUGAUUCCACCCGGUGAGAUGCCCCCCAGCCCUCCUCGAGGGAGAGGGCGGCCUAUUCUUUUCCCUGUCCCUAACUCCCCUGUUCCUGCGCCCUCAGGGACCCGGGAGUCCAGACCCCCCAGUCCCUAUCCCGGAGCCUGGCACCGGGCUCCUCAGCACCCCCCUCCCUUCAAGGGCCAGGGCAUUCUGGUCCCUAACUCCCAUCCAUUCUCUGCUCCCUCCUUCCCAAGGCGUUCCCAGCUCCCAGCUAGCAAAUUUUCGGCUGCUCCUUCCCCCAAACUUUGUCUCAGGGACUAUCCUCCGCCCAGAGUCUAUUUCCCCCGGGGACCUAGCCGUCCUGGAGCCCGGGGGGACGAGCCAGAGUUCCUUCCCCGGGAACGACGCCCGCCCGCCCUGACCCUCUAAUCUCCCCCUCUGCUCGCUCCGGAGGCCCCCAACCCCGCCUGUCAGACCAGCUCCUCUCCGCCCCCUUCCUGGCCAUGACCCUCGUUGCCUCGGCUCAGUGCUCCCAGCUCAUCCGCUCCAAGUUCCGCUCCGUCCUUCAGCUCCGGAUCCAUCGGAGAUCCCAGGACCAGCGGGAGAGCGGGCAGAAGCCCGAGCAGGCCUCGGCUGGAGCCCAGGCCUCUAGUCACUCAGUCCUGCUCCCCACUAAUGGAUCCAGGGGAGCCCAGCGCCCGUCCCCAGCUCCUGCCCCCUGGGGAGCACAGCUUUCUUUCACCCAGCCGUCUUUUCCAACCAGGGACUCAGUGGAUCCCUGGAUCUCGGCCCCAGCCCCCGACCAAGCUUCCAUCACCGGCUCCUCCCCCUCGUCCUGUGACUCUGGGGUCCCCAAAGGCAGUCCGACCACCCUCCCCUUUUCUGGGGCGGCACUGAAGAAGGCCAAAGGAGACAGUCACCCGAGGGAGCCCAGGCCCAGAUUGAAACCCCUCAAGUACCAUGCGUACGUGCCCCCAGAGCAUCGGGGAGGGCCAGGGACAGCGGCGCCGGCCCAGGGAAGCCCCCCCGGGGAGGAUGGGCAACUCCCAGGCCACAAGCAGGACCUGUCUUUGCCCAGGCCUUGGGGGUCGAGACCCGGCCUCCAGGACAGCCCAGCACCCCCCGAAAUCUCCCGGCCAGGGGCCCCUAAGCCCAAGCUAGAGCUUCAGACCCUCCGACUGGAGGAGCUCACGGUCUCGGAGCUCCGCCAGCAGCUCCGCCUGCGGGGCCUCCCGGUGUCCGGGCCCAAACCGGCCCUGCUGGAGCGGCUCCGGGGGGCGGGGGCCCGGGACAGGCCGCUCCCGCUGCAGCGGCCGGUGCGCAGCCCCGGGGUCCGCUCCCGUCCCAGCCCAAGUUCUAGCUCGAAGCCCAGGUCCCGUCCGCGCCCUCGGACUGAGCCCCAGGCCCCUCCAAGAACAGCUGGAAAGUCUCCCUGGCCCCGCCCCGCUGCCCCCGAGGCCCCGCCCGCUCCUCCCGCCCCGUCGCGAGUCCUGUCCUUGGAAGAGGAGCUCCAGGAGGCCAUCCGCAGGGCGCAGCUCAGCCCCCAUCACUCCAUCCAGGACAUUCUGGACGAGCCUCUGGAGCCUCCGGCAGAAGCCCUGCCCCCGCCCCCGCUGGAUUUCCCGGGCUCCUUCGACCUCCUGUCUCCGUCCCCCCCGCCGGACUCCGAGGGCCUGUCCUCCGUCUUCUCCUCGUGGCCCCCGUCCCCUGCCAGCUCCCCAUCGCCGGGCCCCGAGCGGCCCCUGCACGCCGCCGAUUGGCUGGAGGCUCUGACCGGAAGCCCGGCUCUGGACUGCUCCGGCCCGACCCCCAGCAUCUUCUGCACCGACUUCGCGGAGCCCGGGACCAGCAGACUCUGGGACUUGGGGGUGGAGGAUUGGUGACGGCGCCUGCAGAAGGGGGGCCCCGCGGCACAGACACCCAGGAGACAGGGACACGGGUGGGGGCAGAAAUGGCCACCGCAACACACGGUCACACACAAACGCUGGGACAGAAACCAGGGCAGAGAAAAGCGGGGAGACAGGGACUGAGGGAGGGAAUGAGAGGGAAACCGAGGCAGGGCCACUGGCAUUCAGAACUACAGAAGUGGCCCAUCUUUCCCUGAAGGGGAGAGGAGGACCUUCCAGUGAGGGGCUCGAACCCCCUUCUUACCUGCUCCGAGAGCCUGGGACCAGCCGGGCCCAGUGACGUGGCAGGGAGCCUGCCGCUGCCCCCCUCGCCCCUUUUAGAGCCCACGUAGAGUCCCCAAAGGGUCAUCGCUGCCCUGUCAAGGCCUGCCUCAGGUGUGCUGAUUGCAGCCUGGGUGGCGGACUGCCCUUAGGGAAGGAAAUGCCUUAAUCCCCCCCUCCUCAGUUUCCCCAUCUUGAAAAUGACAGUUGGAAACCCUUUAAAAUGAGGAUGCGAGACAAAGACAUCUACCCUCUCUGGGCUUCAGGAAAAUGACAACUGAGGGUCAUUAGACCCCUCCUCUUCAGGUAGUUUUCACUGGGGAGAGGGAGGCUUUAUAGAGAGACCCUUAUCCAGGAGCCAGGCUCUUAGCCUCCUGGUCUCUGGUCAGCUUCUGAAGUUGGGCCUGCCCCUCUGCCCGUCUCGCCUCUAAUCAGAAGCCCAGGCUGAGGUCACCCAGGGGUAUGGGGAGGGGGUUCCGACAGGGGCAGGAAGCUGGCGGUCUAGUGGGUAGGGAACCCUUGUCCAGGUUCCUGCUGGGGGCCGGUAGGAAGGCACCCGUGGCUAGGACUCCAUGGCUGUCCUGUGUCUGCAGAAGGAAGGACCUCAGUCCUGCCAUCAGUGAACUUUGCACCCCCCCAGGCGUCUGCCAUGGGUUCUCUAUGCCAGGAGGGCCAGCGCAUCGGCCAGAGCCAUCUAGGUGGUCAAGUGGGCCGGCACAGCCAUUCGCAACGUCCCCCUGAGAAUUUAGGCCUUUGUUUUGUUUUUGUUUUUUCCUUCAUUCUGAGCCUGUGAUUUCAUCAGUGUGGAGAACUCCUGGAAUUAAAAAAUCUCUACUAACAUGCAAA